ACUUGCUCACUGCAUGCGAUCAAGGACUGACCAAUAGUGAGUUUACGGAGCGAUGAGGUCUAAACACCAGCCGAUACCUGUCAUUUUUGAAUUAUUUUCAUCAGUCAACUACCUGAGUGAUGCCAACGAGACCUCGUCCCAGCGCAGCAGCGGCUUUCACGAAUGCAGCGCAUGAAUAUUAUCUCGAGCAGCACGCUACUUCGGAAGUAGGUCACCGAUUAAACGUGUCUUGUCAGCUGUGUGUGCUCCACUCGUUUCAUUUCAAUGUUGAGCAUCGAUAUUAUUGUAAUAACCCAACAACAGGACCCUCGUUGCUCGCGGAAUGUGAUUAUUUGAUCGGGAAUACAGCGGAGUGAGUGGAUGACGAGGUUUUGCAUGGCAGAGUGUGAUGACCCAUGCACGGCAGAGGAACUCUUUAUGUGGAUAUAAGAGUGAAUGUGAACAGGUGAGCUGUCAGACAACUAUGGACAGAACUUGGCCAGUAAAGAAGGCUAAAAGAUGUUCUAUCCAAAGAGGAAAAGGUAAGGAAAUAAAAAGAAAGACCACCGAGAGAGACCGGAAGCUGUAUCCUCUCAGGGGACGACAUGGAUUGGGUGAAGUGAGCGCGCUUAACUGCUGUGUCUUAUUGACGCGCUUAGAUGAGAGCGAAACGUGCAGGAACAGCAUGAAGGCUCAGGUGGAGGAAAUGCAGGGGAAGAAGAAAAUCUGCAAGUGUUGCAAGAAAGCCUGUAAGACUUGCCGGUCAGCGCCUGAACCAAAAAACAAAGUGAAACCUGAUAAAUCUGCCUUACACACAGAAUUUAUCCUUGAACCUCGCCAAAGGCGGCUGGCCUCUCUGAAUGCAGAAGCCGUUAACAGUCUGCUGUUGGAUCGAGAGGACCCCCAAAAGACAUCAAAACCCUCAAAGAAGCAGAAACCGACAAAAGCAGACACUUCUCCUUCUAAAGACACAAAAGACAAUGUUUGUUCCAGAAAAGGCCAAGACAACCGUAAACGCCCUUGCACCGGAGAGAAUGAACAAUGUCGAAACCCCAAAAAAGCGAAGAUUAAGUCUGACGCUAUUGAUCUACAGACUUUAAACAGUCCUGCUCCCAAACGUCUGGCGGGUUUAAAUGCGGCUGCCCUGCUCAAGCUGACCAGCACGUCCUCGGGAGUGAAGCGCAGGGGUAAAUCAGACGGCAAACCGAGCAGCGGUGCAGUGGGAGGGAAGCAGCUACAGUUGAAAUCACGUAAACAGCAGCAGCACAACUUGGCUUGUCAGUCCAUGUUAAAAGUAUCGCAGCAAUGCUGCAGCCUCUGUGAGAAGCAAGCCCUUCAAACUGAGGCAUUGUGGGAUGGGAGCACAGGAAGCCAUGGCUUUAUUAGUCCCGGAUAUCAGUGCAGAUCCAUGCUCGGCUAUCCCCUCAAGCCUGUGAAGGAAGAGAAAACAGAGACUGAUGUGAAAUCAUAUUACUGCUGUUCCCAGGAGAGAUCAGUGGAAUACUGCCAUAGACUAGCCCUGUUCCUUGGCCAGAAAACCUUCCCGGAAACUGAUGAACAUUCUCUGAAGGGAUUUAUUCCUGCUCCUCACACCCUGACGCAUUCAGCAAUGCCCAUUGGUGCCCAUCCUUAUCCCUGUUACCCUGGGUACUACGUCCACAUUGCGCAUCACGGAACGCCGACGCUUCCCGUAAGCUCAAAUCCAGGGAGCCACACACCCUCGUCCGUACCCCCGCUGACAAUGUGCACUAGCAGGGUCCAGAGACCCAAACUGCUGCCCUCUUCGGUGUCCCAUCCUACAGGGAUCCCUCAUCCGGCGUACUGUAACUCUGUGGGCACCUGUUACGGAGAGGCCUGCAGGCUCAGCAGCUAUACCUACAGACCCACGCAACCCAUCGCUAGCAGGGGCUGCUCGUACAAUGCAGGAUGCUCCAGCUGCAUGCACAAAAUGGAAACAGAAGACUACUCUUACCCUCUGGAUGACCACAGCUCCUCCAUCACGAUGCCUUCUGCCCUGCCACUGUCUAUCUGCCCCAUAUCCACUGUGCCUCCACCCACCCAAUCAGUGCCCCACCUGAAGACGCCUCUUCCCGAUCCCGGUCGACCCCAGGUGCAGAUUAGAGUGGGACGGGAAUGCCCUCAGAGGGCCAAGCCACCCAGUGGCUCUCGUUCUGGGGUGCAGGACUCUGCUGUUUGCCCCCACAUUAAGGAUGGCCAGCUGGGAGCGGGCCAUGCCAGCAGCGCUGCCAAGCAGUCGAAGAUUAGCCAUCGCCGGACAACAAACGGCUGGCUGCCUGUUGGAGUGGCAACAGAAAAGGAAGUAUUCAUCGUGGGCGAGGACUCGACAUCCCUGCGCAGGUGCUAUGAAGCAGUGCAGAGAGAUGGAGAGGUGAUCAGGGUCAGAGACACAGUGCUACUGCGUUCAGGUCCCAGGAAGAAGUCCUUGCCUUACGUGGCCAAAGUCUCUGCCUUCUGGGAAAACCCUGAGUCAGGGGAGCUGAUGAUGAGCUUGUUUUGGUACUACCGCCCAGAACACACUCAGGGGGGUCGCAAUCCCAGCAUGCACUGUGAGAAUGAGAUUUUCGCAUCUCGGCAUCAGGAUGAAAACAGUGUGGCAUGUAUCGAAGAUAAGUGCUAUGUGUUGACAUUAGCACAAUACUGUAGAUUUUGUGCCUUGGUGAAGUGUCGUGAGGAGGGCUUUCCCAGACGUAGCUCCCUGGUCCCUCCUUCCAGCUAUGUAAUUCCAGCUCAUCGUUGUAUGCCCAACGACAUCGACCCCGACUUGGUGUUCGUCUGCCGCCAUGUUUAUGACUUCCGCUACGGCCGUCUGCUGAAAAACCUGCAGUAGGUCUGAAUGGAGCCAUACACUGAAACCAGAAUCCAAAACGUUGUGACACAAUCAAAGCCGUAUCACCCGGAUGGCCACAAGUCUUUAAGGAGGAGUUGUUAUUUUCUGUUUUCCCUCUAGGGUAAAAGCUCUCGGCGCAGCACUUCUGAAAAAGUGAAAAAAGUUGCAACGGUUCUCCCUUGUGACUUUUAUAGUAUGGCAUUCUGAGCACAACUACCUUGAGUUCAAAGGUACCGAUCGCCAAAAUGUGAUUUUUCACUCCAUGAAUUGGAGUAUUUAUUUUUGCUGUUAUCUUUUUAUAUUUGCUGAAUUAAGCGUCAAAAGAUGAAGAAAUUAAUGCAGGUACAUUAAGAAUGAAUUAUGGAAUAGAGUUCUAAAAUUCUCUUUUUGGAAGUGACCGCACCCCUUAUUAUUGAACCAUAUAAUCUGUAGAUUGAUGGGGAAAAUAUAUUUAUUUUUAGAUAAAUUGAACACAAGCUCCGUGUUUUAGGAGGCGCCAAUCAGUUUGAUCCACAACGCAAUGGCCAAUCAUUCAUUCAAUCAUCAUAACAGGGUGUGGGAUCACAGACUAAUCGUGGCAGACCAAAUAUCCCAGAAUGCAUUUGAUUAACUUAACAUUUUGUUGAUCGACCAAUGAGUUAUGAGCUUUCGUCUUCUCGUCGCCCAUCAUGACUUGCCUUAUAUCCAACAUCGAGUUUCCCCGUUUUCUGCCUUCCCAGGAAACCAAAGGUUAUCUCGCCACUCUUUAACAUCCACCUUCGCAACUCCAUUAGUUUGCACUAAAACUUAUCGUUCAAAAUGUCACCUGCUACUGAUCUCCAAUGCAGGAAAAUACUGUGUAUUUGUUGUACAUGUACAAAGAGAUACGAGAGAACUCGCGAACUGUCAGUUGCAAAUGUGAAUGGACAAACUUUAUCUUGUGCGCACAGGCCUGCUUUCAACAUGUGCCCUUUGCUUCUCGUCUUACAUGGUAGUUUUGUUACAAGAUCGCUAAUUACGAUAUGAGAAAGCUGUUUUAUAUGGUCUGUUUGUGCCUUUAAAUAGUUAACAGUUUUCUAUGUGAAGAAAUACUGCUUGGUUAAUUUUUUUCUUCUUUCUUCAAGCCUCUUCACGUUUUUGGCCUGCUUGUUUUGCACCACAUUGUUAUCUGUGCUAAAAAGCAUUGAUAGGAUUGUCUAAUCACACUAUGCUGACCUUCACACUUCCCUAUUUUGGCCUUUCUUUACCCCCUUUUUUUUUUCAAUUGCAGACUUUACAUGAGAUGGUAGAGUUAAAGUGUAAUUGUACCCACAGGGUCUCAAAAAAGGUUAGACUGAUGGAAGAGGAGACCUGUUUGUUUUUCUUUUGUUUGUUUUACAUCAAGACUUUCUUAGGUUAACAUCCUUUUUUGUGUUCAGAUAUGCUUUAACAUAUUCUUGAAUACAUUCCUUUCGUGUUAUUGAGAUCUGAGUGAAUAUUAAUCAGUCCCAAGUAAUUUUGUCAUUGUGAUGAAGAUGAGAUGAUUUUUUGUCGUUGAAUAUUUAUACUCCUUUGCAUAGCCUAUAUAUAAAUAAAUAUAUAUCAUGCCCAACGUCAGUAGUGUUGACCAAAAUAUACAAAAAAGCAGAAGUGAAAUAAUCUCGUCCUGAUCUUCCGUUACGUUCUGUUUUUUGUUUAGUUUUGUUCUCAGUUAUCGCAGUGAAUGUCACCUCCUAGCAUCAGAUGUGCCAGUUUAGACGUGUUAAUGCCAUAGCGGUUUCGCGGAACAUUUAAGCAGAGCUCGUUUUGCUUCGGUUGGCGGUGUGGUUGAGUAGACUCCUUAAUGGUUGCUGUUAGUGUGAAAAUCAUGUAUUUUUGAAAUGUGUACUUCUCUCGCAGAAUGUUCUGGAUGGCAAAUGUGUACCAAAAUGAGGAAAGAGGGAGAGGAUUGUGUUCAUUCCUCUGUAUACAAAACUGACCAUGAAUUCCAGGCUCUUCGCUCCUUUGACGAACGGCUGUUUGUGUGUAUGUGGGUGAGCGUGUCUAUACAAAUAUAUAUAUUUCAGUGCAGCAUGGAAGUACUGGGCAUUCUUUGACAUAAUAGAUCUAGCACAGCGCAUUUGUAUUAUUUAAGAUAGAAAUGUAUAUUAUAAGAGGGAAAUAUUUAAAAGGAAUAAAUAAUAUAUGAGCAUCAA